UAAAUAUUAUGAAAAUUAAGACAUUAGAAAAUUGUGUGAGAUUAAAAAGAAUAGAUGCAGAAAUAAACUGAAGGCAUAAAGAAGAAAAAAUAAUGAAAUAAAAUAAUACUAAACACGAAAGUGAAUGAUUUAACAAAAAAACAAACUAAAUAAACUUCCUUAAAAUACUAUAACAACACAUAAACGUUAAUAGCAGCUAAUUCUAUACAAAACAUACCUAACAACUGCACAUUCAUGCCACCAUUGAGGGCUAUGUAACACAUGCAAAAUGGAUUUAAUUACCCAUAAAGGAUUACGUUAACAUUAAAAAGGAUAAUUUAGCAGCACAUCAGCGGCCAACAGACUCUGUGACAACAGCAGACGCCUAAAUACAGUUACGCAUGAUUUUAGUGGAUUACGAGCAGUAUAUUCAAUGUGACAGCAACAACCAUCAGCUAACAACGCACAUAAAAUAAGUGGCUUAAAUAACAUUAUAAAGGGCUAUCGUGCAUGCGGGCGAGCGUGUGUAUGUGUGUGACGUGGUAACAAAACAGCAACCACAACAACACGAAUUCGCAAUGGAUUUAUUAUUUCUAUUACAUUUACUCAUUCUACUCGUCAGUCAAAAUGUUGCUGUUCUCGGCCAAUUCGAGGGCAGUUGGCUAACCCUGGCACCCUCGACACCAUCUAUCACACAUUUUGUAAAUGAUUCCUUCAUUAUAUUCUGUAAAACAGUACAAAAGGAUGCGAAUGCUAAAUGGAAAGACCCUAAAGGGGUGCCCAAGGAAAAUACAAAAGGGCGUGUGCAUAUCGAAAAGAAAACUGGAUUUUUGGCGUUGGUCUUCGAACACAUUGCGCUGACGGACAAGGGCAACUGGACGUGUGAGGCAACGCUGACUAACAACAACAAUAACAACGAAGCCACAUCAGCAGUAUCAACGCCGGAAGCUGGCAGCACCGCAACACUGGCCAGCGGUGAGGCGAGGAAGUCCUUUGAGCUGCUCGUAAAUCAGAAAAUCUCCUUUGACAAAACGGAGCUGGUGCAGUCGGCGGGUGAGGGUCGUGACGCCACGGUCAAGUGUUUUGUUAAAGGUGAUCCCCGUCCGGACGUGUCCUGGCUAUACAAUGGCGAAUAUAUAAACACCGUCAACUCAACCAAAUACAAAAAACUCUCCGAUGGACUCUUCAUCAAGAAUGUACAGCAAUCGGAUGCUGGUGAAUACACGUGUCGUGCGAUGCGAAUCACACCAACUUUUGCGGAUUCCGAACAAAUUACGAUUCUACUGAGGAUACAGCAUAAGCCCCAUUGGUUCGAUAAUGACACUUCAUUGGUGCAAUAUGCGUAUAUCGGCGGUAUGGUGAAUAUAUCAUGUGAUGCGAUGGGUGAGCCGCCACCUUCGUUCACCUGGGUGCAUGAGGGUCGUGCCAUUACCGGACGUAAUUAUCGCAUUUUCUAUGCCGAUUACGGUUCAACGCUUCAGAUACAUGUCCGAAAUGAAUCACAACUCGGCGAUUAUAAGUGUAAAGUUGCCAAUCCGUUGGGCAUGCUGGAGCGCAUAGUUAAGCUUCGUAAGGGCCAGAAGCCGAGCGGACCGACACGCUUUCAAUUGCUGCGUGCAUUCACCGAUGGCUUCGACCUCGACAUCCGAUCGGUGAAGUAUUCGAAUGUUGAGGAUAAUAUGCAUACGUACGGCUAUCGUGUGCAAUAUAUGAGUGAGGGGGAUUUUAAACAUAGCGCGGGCAAUUGGAGUUAUGCAAAGCAUAAGGAUUUUCACUUGCAAAGAGGUGGACGGUUUGUGCUCGACGGCUUGGACCGCAACACCACGUAUUUGGUACGUGCUGCAACGCGCAAUCUAGCUGGUCUUAGCGAUUGGAGUACGGUGAAAAUUUUCGCAACACUAACAAAUCUCGCUCGACGAACCGUUACGAAUAUUAUCUGGCAAACAUGUUUAGUAGUUGGCUUAGGAUACUCACUUAGUGAAUAUGUCAAAUUUAGUGCGUACGUUUAAGUUCGAUGCAACAACACGGCUAACAAAUAUGCAUGCACACACAUACAUAUGUAGGUAAUAUUGUGUAUUUGUAUGUACGGUUGAACAUAUACAUACAUACAUACAUCCAGUAAGUCACUCUAACAAUUCAAGCCUUCCUCUCUCCUAUUUCCCUCUCCCAAAAUGCUUUACUUGUUCUUUAGCAAAUGAUUGGUAAAAUACAUGCAUACAUAUGCAUAUGUGGUAAUAGGGCCUUUAGUGAGGUGAGAUCUCUGUUAAAAAAAUAUUUGAUACACACUAAUACAUGCAUAGUUGUUGAAUGUUUACGAUUAUUGAAAUUGGUAUUAGUAUGUAUGCACGUGUAUACUCGUAUGUAGUUAAUUCUGUUAUAUUUUUAUGUACCUGAUUUGUUUUGAAUACACUGCAUAUGUACUUACAUACAUAUGUAUAAUGCGUUGUAGUGGACACUGAUUAUAUUUACUAUACAUUUUAUGGAAGUGUUUAAAAACAUACAUUUUAAAAAGUUAAACUGCUUUCAGAUUCUGUGAUAGAUUAAGCAAACUUUUUUUUUUGACAAUUUUUGUUUUUUGUCAAUCCCGAAAUUUCGGGAUUAUGAAAUAUUGCUUUCGCAAUGCCUAUUUUUUAAUAUGCGAAUGUUAAGGGUUUUUUAAGUUUUAAUUUAAA